GGAGGAGGGGUGUAGACAGAGUGAGAGAGAGAAGCCUGGCAGUCUCUCAGAUCUUGGCUGUGGUGAGGACACCCAGGAGAAGUGCAUUCCUCAGGCAGCAAGCAAGGCAGUAAGAUAGAGCGGAGGAGCCGCGACAUCCUUUUAAAUCUCUCAGCGAAAGCGUCCGACUGCCUCUGACCUGCGGACUCUGGACUCGCAUACCUCUCUCUCACACACACACAGACUCACUCGUUGCCUCACACACCAGCCGCACAACCGGCUCUGCUGCUCUGUCUGAAGUAAAGGAUUUUCCCCUGAGAGAGGAAAGGAGACUGAAAGAAUCAAAAACACACAGAGGACAUAAAGACACAGAAGAGAAGGAGGAGAUCCUCUCAGUCGAGUCAGUGCCAUGCAGUGUUGAGUUGAGUGAAGCCAAGCUGAAGUGAUCUGUUUUGAGGCCCAUCUUACCUCUCACCCUGUCCUGCUCGGUCCCAGAUGGAGCUCAAAGUGUGGGUGGACGGAGUGGUGCGGGUCGUUUGCGGCCUGUCUGAGGAGACGUCUUGCCAGGAUGUAGUCAUCGCUCUGGCCCAGGCCAUUGGUCAGACAGGCCGUUAUGUUCUGAUUCAGCGUCUUAGGGAUACAGAGAGGCAGCUGUUGGCUACAGAGAAGCCUCUGGAGUCUCUGGCUAAGUUAGGUCAACAUGGCAGUGAAGUUCAGUUCUUCCUUCGCCGUACGGGUCCUAGCAGCAGUGACGUACCGAACUCAAAACAGGACAGACCAACUCCACCCCCUCUGCCCAAGCAUCCUGAGCCAGAGCCCUUGAAACGCAGCCAGCCUAAGAAAGCACUCACCUUUAACCUGGGGCCAUCCACAUCACCUAAAACCAAAGCCAAACAGUUUAAAAGGUCUCCUCGGGACUCUCCAGAGCAAAGAACCUCCCCCUCCCCUUCUCCUAGCCCUAUAUCCCCUCAUGUGCCAUCCCCAUCUCCGUCACCACCUAUAGGCCCAUCCAAAGAGGAAGUCUUUAGGAAGGUUCUUCAGCAACAGGAGAGACUGAGGGCGAUGGAGACCCAGCUAGAAGCCCUAGAGAGGGAGUCGCAUAAUUGGGAGCGUCCUUACCCAUCUCCAUGUCCCUCGCCAGUUUCUGACGCUCGCUUGCAAGAAGAGAUGGAUGCUCUGGAGCAAGCGGUGCGGAGGAACCAGGCUGAGCUUUCCCACGAGCAGUUCUGGGAGGAGGAGCUUCAGGCAGAGGUGGAGAGGGAGCGAGGGAUGAGGAGGAAGCUUGGGGAGCUUCAUGCCAAGCUCGAUGACUGCGGACGGCGUCUCCACGAGUUCUCUGUUCGCUCUGCUCAGCUGGAGCAAGAGAUCCAGCGGGAAAGUCAGUCAGAGGGGAAAGCAGGCAGACCCGAGGAAUCCCUUGAAGCUGUGAAGGUGGAGCUCCAGAGCCGGGAGGCUCAGGGAACAGAGCUGGAGGAGCAGCUAUCUGAGACUGACAAGGCUCUGGGGAAGGCAGAGUCUCUGAUGCAGGCCAAACAGGAGGAGUUGGAGGAGUUGAAUAAGGAGCUGAGGCAGUGUAACCUUCAGCAGUUUAUCCAACAGACAGGUGUCCUGCCAGCGCACACCCACUCACGCACGGAGUUUCAGGAGCAACUGGAGCAGUUAGAACUGGCACAUCUUCUACAGGAUGGAUACAGGAAUGGAAGUCCCAGUGUAACUCAAGUGGAAUCGCCGCCUCGCCCCACUGCCAAACAGUUCCUGGGACAUCCACGCAACCUGCAAAACCCUCUAGUGUCCAGUCUCAACCCUGAGGUCCUGACAUCCCGAGAGUCGUCAUGGAGAUAAAACAUGGACCGCAGGGCCAAAGGAAAGUUGUUCACUGUUCUGUCACCGUCACCUCUUAUUUAACCCCUUUCUUUGUAACUCAUUAUUUAAUCCGCCAUGAUAUACAUACUGUAUAUACAUAAGACAAAUAUAUUUACAGAGUUUUGCUACUGUAAGCACUGCAAGGUAUCUGUAUGAAAUGUAAAAUAAUUUAGAAACCUUUUACUUAGAGCAAUUAUUACUAUUACUGUGUAUUUAAAUAUAAUAAACAUGUGCAUUGUGUUUUAGAUAA